GUAAAAAGAUGGAUCAGAGAGAGAGAGAGAGAGAGAGAGAGAGAGAGAGAGAGAGAGAGAGAGAGAGAAACUUGCUUGACUGGGUUUGCAAUGCACACACCACUGCCUUUCCUUCUUUCCCUCCCAGUCAAACAUCUAGAGAGUGGUGUGAGUGGUGUGUGCCUACUGAGUAACCCCUGUGUCACCUACAACACAAUACUUACACAAAACUUUAUGUAAGAGGGAGACUGGCACAGAGUAAGAAAGAGAAAAAAGUUGCCCCAAUGAUGUCCCAGUCUCUAAAGAAAUAAGAAAAGAAAAAAUUAUCCAAAACUAGAGGGUAAGUGUUGAAAGUAAAACUAUAGAUGUUAAACACCCAUUAAAUGCCACUAGAAACACUCAGUGACAUGAACAACAGAAAGAACAAUGUAACUCAAGUUUAUAUAUACCAACUAAAUGGUUUAAAUGUUACAAUCAGAAAUUAAGAAAAGUACAUGGCAAAAGUGCUGUUGAUCUAUAGAAAGCAUCUGAUCAUAUCAAACAUACUAUUAGCCAUCAUCAGUUAAAACAUUCAUGUAUAUUCUCCUCUUGAAACUAAUGUAUGUAUGUACUUAACUCAUUUUCUUCUAAAAAUUUUCUCAUCUGGUAAUAUAUUUCUAGUGUUUUCUUUUUCUGUCCUUUGACUGUCAUAGGUAUAGCAAAUCUCUCUCUCUCUCUCUCUCUCUCUCUCUCUCUCUCUCUCUCUCUCUCUCUCUCACACACACACACACACACACCAUGUCAUCUAGUGUGCUGCAAGCCAUCUCAUCCAGAGUACUUGUGGGCUCCAUGCUGCCCCUACUUCAAGCUGUCCUACACACUAUGGUGAAGGAGGCAGCUUUGAGCUAUGAUAGACCUCAAGAGUUCUACAGCCAAUAUGACUUCAUUAUAGUUGGUGCAGGGACAGCAGGCAGUGUGGUUGCAGGCCGGCUGGCUGAGGUGCCAUGGUUCAGGGUCUUGGUGCUGGAGGCUGGAGGAGUGCCUUCUCCUGAGACUUAUGCACCUGGCUUGGCAUCACUUGGCUUUUUAAACACAAGUAACACAUGGAAUUACAUCACUGAACCACAGCAGCACAGCCUCGGCAACUUUGUGAAUCAGCAAGCACCCCUUCCCAUGGCUCGUGUGGUGGGCGGCACCUCCACCAUGGGAGGAAUGGUGUACUCUCGUGGUGACCCUCGUGACUAUGACAACUGGGAGACCCUCGGCAACUCUGGCUGGGACUAUGACAGCAUCCUCUACUACUUCAGGAAGGCGGAGGACUACCUGGGAGGUCAUCUAGGGGAGACAGAGACUUAUCAUGGCAGAGGAGGACCCAUGGCAGUUAGCCCAGACCCCAGUGAAGGGCAUUUAUCGGAUGCCUUCCUGAGGGCUGGGGAAGAGCUUGGCUAUGACACACUGGAUCUAAAUGGCCCGUACCAGAUGGGAUUCUCCAGGCCUCAUUAUAACAUAAGGAAAGGUGUGAGGUCAUCUACUGCUGGGUCAUACCUCCAACCAGCCUUGUCCUGGUCAAAUCUACACAUCCUUCAUAGCUCCACUGUCACCAAGGUCUUGUUCAAGGGAAAAAAGGCCACUGGAGUCCUGUUUGAGUAUGAAGGGAAGACCUUCCAAGUGACAGCUGAGCGUGAGGUGGUGCUGAGUGCCGGGGUUGUGGCCACUCCAAAGUUGUUGUUGAUGUCUGGUGUGGGCCCCCAGCAACACCUCAAGGACCACAAGAUUGAUGUGGUAGCAAACCUGGCUGGUGUGGGCCAGAACCUGUGGGACCACCUGGGUGUAUAUGGGCUGGUGUGGACCCUGCCUGGCCCUCCUCCCCACUCUAGUCCUUUGUUCAACACUACAGCAAUGCACCAAUAUGUACGCCACAGGGCAGGGCCCUUCUCAGCACCCCCAACACAGUGCAGCAUAGCUAGGGUGGAGGUGGAGGAGGGCAAGAAUCAGUCAGGCAUUGGUAUCCUCUUUAGUCCAGUCUCCUUCCACAUGGACCAAGGCCUCCCCACACCUUACACCUACAGGAUGGACAAGCAGAUAUACCAAGAGUAUUAUGGGAGUGUGCUGGGCAAGGCAGGCUUUACCAUGCUGGUGUCUAUGCUUCACCCAAAGAGUACAGGAACCAUCAGUCUCCUCUCCACUGAUCCUAGGGAUCCUCCAGUCAUUGACCCUCAGUUCCUCAGCCAUCCUGAUGACCUCCACACACUCGUCAAGGGAAUACAGCUUGCCUUCAAGUUAGCCAACACUGAUGCCCUCAAGAAUCUUGGAGCAAAAUUCCAUGACAAACCAGUGCCGGGAUGCAAGAAGAAUAGUGACAAGGAGGAUGAUGAUGAAGAGGAAGACCAGGAAUACUGGAAGUGCUUCAUUCAACACAUGGCCUCCUCUCUGUGGCACCCAGCUGGCACCUGCAGGAUGGGCCCCUCUAGUGACCCUCAGGCAGUGGUGGACAGCAGCCUGCGAGUACAUAGCGUGGAGGGUCUCAGGGUGGUGGACGCCUCCGUCAUGCCGGCCACUGUAUCGGGCGGCACAGCAGCGGCGACGGUCAUGAUAGCAGAGAAGGCAGCCGAUGUCAUCAAGGAAGACUGGGACAUUGAUGUUGACUAUGACUUGAUUUUAUAAUUACUAGACAAUAAAGUGUAAUUUGCCUUA